GGAUAUACAAGUAGGAGGCGCGAAAGAGUUGUCGCAUCACUUCGGAGGCCCAUAAAUGGGGGGAGACUCUACUACUGCUCGCUCCGGAGCACAGGGAGGAUUCAAUGGGCCUGAUGAGGGACAUUGUGUGGGGGAGUGCAGCCCACAGUACGGGGAGCAGUUUGUGGAGGGCAGUACAGGGGAACAGAUCGUUGGGGGCUUUGUUGUCGGACUUGGUGCAACAGGUGCACGACAUGUGACGAGAGGAGUGUCACAGGACGAGGGUGAUGAUGAGCACGAUGCGGGAAAAGCGGUCCGAUUGCUGCGACAGGGUGCUGAGGACGGGAUAACACCAGAAGAGCACGUGGCGAUCCGGGAAGCAGACGCUCAGAUGGUUGCCACACUGUUCUCCUUGCGGUCGGACAACUCUUUCAUCUCGGCUCCUCCACCGGGGAAUGGCACAAAAAUGGGCACGAAACAAGUGACGAUCGCGCUGGAGAAGAGCGAGUUUUUCCUCUCGGAGAUCUCAUUUCUAGGGUGCGGGACGACAUCUCGAGCCAAUUACGAACGAAGUUCUGGUGUUCUUGGCACAACUCCUAGACGAUCUGCCUCUGGAGAAUCUGUGGAGAUCCUUUCAUGCUGUAACGAGCGGUCCGCGCCAACGGCUCUCCAUCGUACGUUGACGCCACAACUAAUAUGGCCCACGUGCACGGAACUCGACGACGAUAAUAUCUACCUCCCCUCUUCGGGCAACUAUUUGGUCAUCGAUGUGACCGAUAUCACUCUGCGGGAUCCCAUCAUCCGAAGAGCGGAAGUGGGGGAAGAGGAAGAGUUAGACGAAGAGGAGGAGAGGGAAGACGCGAACGAAGAAGAAGAAUCGGAGGCCACUUCGAAUGACCCAAAUUAUCACGAAUCUAAGGAGGACGGGUCGGAAGAGAGUGGGUCGGACGAAUCGGACAGUUUCGGCGGACGGAGUGGGGAACCGAGUGUAAUGGAUGGUGCAAUGUAUGAGGGGAAAGCGAUGAUCCUAGUGAGGGAGGGAGGCAAGUUGAUCGGGAUAGAGGGUUCACAUGGUGCGGGGGAUCGCGGCGCGAAGAUCCUCGUAACCUUCGCACGCGGGGAUUACGCUCGAAAUCAUACAAUAUACCUCGAUAUUGUUGUAAUCUCGCCAUGCCGCGCUGAAGAGGAGGACGUGGAGGGGGAAAGUGGUUACAAUGGAGCGAGUGGAGGAGUGCGAGACGACGGUGAUACCGAGAUGGGUAGAAUAGAGCUGGUCGAAGAGGGAAGGGGGAAAGGAUGCCAGUUGGAAGGAAACGGGGGUCGACCCGUGAUCUGAUGGAUGGCGAGAAAAUCAAGGGGAAGGCGGGGUAAUGACCGGGGACGAAGCCCGAGUGCCUGCAUCU